GGUUUUUUUGUUUGUUUGUUUGGUGGAUUUUGGGCUUGUUUGCUUGUUGCUUUGCCCUUGUUUGGGUGUUUGCUUGGCUUUUCUUAAUCCCGCUUUUUAUGUUCUGUCUUAACUCGUUUUCGUAGUUUCUGUUUGCCUGCGGUUGUUCGUACCAGCCUUAUUGAUCGGCUUUAUGUCAUUAGGUCCAACCCGUAGCUAACUUCGUUUUUGAAAUGUUGCUGGUGCCUUAAAACGAUUAUUUCUCUCUGCCCAAAGCCUUCAGGGUGGCCCUAAAACGUCAAAAGCACGAUUUCCUUAAUUUUCUUGUUUUCCUUAAUUUUGCUCUCCCUGUUUUUCAGGUAUAGCUUAGUGUUAUGGGUGAUACAGAAGAAGCUAAAAUGCAGAUAACACCAGAAACUCCAGGACGAGUCACAAUCCUGAAUCCUUUUGAAAGUCCCAGUGAUUAUUAUACUCUUCAGGAGCAGAUUGUUUCCAGUCCUUUAGUUUUUAAGUCAACGAAAUCCUCAUCUACCCCAGGAAAAUUCAGAUGGUCUAUUGAUCAGCUUGCUCUAAUAAAUCCUGUGGAAAUAGACUCGGAAGACAUUCGACGCCAAGGAAUGUAUUUGAGCCGUGCUAGAAUUGAUAAGGAGACAGAAGACAGAAGGCAAAAAGCUAUUGAGGAGUUUUUCACAAAAAAACUCAUAGUUCCUUCUCCUUGGACUGAACAUGAAGGCAAGCAAGUUUCUCAGUUUAAUUCAACUAAAUCCAUAGAUAUAAAUAACAUUUCUCCAAUUGGAAGACGGCUGAGCUUGCAGCCUGGGAAAAGCAAUGCUGCUUGUCAGACAGUACUGUCUUUGCCAGUGGAUUUUAAUUUAGAGAAAAUACUAGGUGAAUAUUUUAGAACUGAUGAAUUUGCAGAUCAGUCUCAGGAAAAUCUAAGCUCUUCAUCACUCAGAAGAAAGCUGUUUUUAGAAGAAAAUGGGAAUGUAUCUGCAUGUUUGUCCCCUUCUUUGCAUAGUCCAUGUGGUAGUCAGCCACUUGGAGUGCUUUGUUCCAUAGAAUUAUCUCCAGUCCGGUGCAGAAGCCCUCUGGACACAUCUAGUUCAGGUCAGUUUUCAUCAAGUCCUAUUCAGGGAGGAACAAGAGCUUAUAGUCUGGGAAGUAUAACCAGUCCCCCAUUUCCAGAGGGGUCUCCAGCACCUAAUGGUUCUCCGGCUUUUUCACCAAUUGCUUUUCACAUAAGAAAAACACCACUCUCAGACCAAAGAAAAUUUACAUUUCGUUCUCCAGAUAUUCCUUCUUCCUCAAAUAGAAUGACACCCCCAAGUACAAGAAGUCCUUACAUAGAUGGUUGUUCUCCAAUUAAAAAUUGCUCUCCUAUGAGACUUGGAGCCUGUAGAGGAACUGCCCAAUAUCAGACUUCUGUCAUUAGAAUACCAAUUGCAGUUGAGAAUCGUGAGGAUGAGGAAGACAAGGAAAACACUUCUCCAGCAGAAGCUCGGUUCCCAGAAAUGGAUAAAGGAAUAAACCUACAUCAGGAAGACAGUGAUACUUUUGCACAUGGUACACAUCUUGUGGUGACAACUGUGUCUAUUGCACCAGAUCACUCAGAAGGUUGUCACCAAAGGUUGCCAUCAUUUCAGGAUAUAGAAGGCUUAAAGGAAAAUAAUACUGUAGACAUGGCUGAUGCAGCUGAAGUGUCAGAGGAAAACACUUGGAUGAAAGAAACAAUUGGCAGUAGCAGCGCACCAAUGACCAGCUUUAUGACAGGCAUUACUUUCAGUAUCGAAAGCUCUCGCAUGUGCAUGUCACCUCUUGCAGAAAGCAGUGCAAUUCCUUGUGACAACAGUAGUAUUCAGGUGGACAGUGGUUACAAUACACAGACUUGUGGAAAUAGCAUUAUGGAUACUGCAGGGGCUGAAAACAGUUGCAGAGAGAAUGAUUUGAACACUAUUGUGUUUCAGAAUAAAUCUCAGCUGCUUAGAACAAAGGAGUGCUCUGUUUUAAGCCAUAAGGACAAUCAGUUGCUGAGAACAAAAUCUCCAGAGAAGCAAUCCUGUUUUCAAAAAGCCAAAACACAUAGCACAGUAUUUGGUCAAAAUGCAACUUGCAACAUUUCUGCUUGGAAACAUAAAAAUGAGAAUCAAGUUCAGGGAUUUCACAAAAGUGUUCUGAGGUGCUAAAGAGAAUGCACAGAAAUGCUGACUUCUAUCAAACUCUCAAACCUUCCUUAAGACUAUUAACAAGAAACUCUACAAUAAUUUCUUCACUUUGCAGAAAUAUUUAUUUUCACCCACAGGACAAAGGU